UAAUACGCACGUUAUGGCACAUGUUGAUGUCGUAACAAGUUAUAGGCGUAGAGUAGCUGAAGGCAAGCGCCACAAAGCUGCUUCCUCUCCUUGGGCGCCCCUGGGCCUUUUAAGCAGCUGAAAACGUGCAUCAGUAUUAGAGCGAGGCGAGGUCGCGCACGCCUUCGCUGCUCGAACCAGCAUGGGGCUUCGGAGUGAGGCAGGCUGUCGGGGCUACGGCAACGGAGCCUUACGAACGCAACACAUGUGAGGCGCGAAGAACCCAUUCCCGUCUCAUUUUCUCUUGCCCCAGCUCAUUCGGGAACUUCACUUGCCACCUCGUCCUGCCGGAAUGUACAGACGGGCCGCGGUGGUCGUGCUUGCCUGCGACGCCCGGCAAUGCUGUGCCCGCGCAACCUUGCACGAAUUUGCGCCAUGGGGCUCCACUGCAACUCAGGCUGGGGUGUUUGAACAGGUGGAGGGACAAUUUGCCUUUAGCCGGGCCUUGAACGACGUCAAGCCGGACAAGAAGAGAUCCCCAGAGGCGUGCACCACACGAGGAGCGUGUAGCGCGAGAAAGAACGAUCCUGUGAUAGUAUUGAUACGGCUCGAAAAAGCCGCUGCGAACUCCGCGAUUUGAUCUUAUCGGGAAAGGGCGCACCAGGGGUAAGGGCCGGUCCCUUACUUGAGGAUCUGAUUGCCAGAGAGGGCGAAUCCGAAGCAGACGAAGCACUUCACUUACAGAAAGACGUAGUGAGCGCCUACUGAAGAAUAC